CACUCAAGGUGUUAAUGAGGCACAAUGCGAAGCAAAGUAUAGUGUGGAUUAUUUUCAAAUAACUCAAAGGACAGGAGUCAAUUAUUCCUAUUAUACUACGGUUACCACAAACAUUGCUCUGGUGGUUAUUUUAAGACAUUUGACAGGUCAGGUGUGCGUUUACAGAAAAAUAAUAAAUAUCCAUGGAACAUUUCUCAACCAAUCAGAAUAAAGCAUUCAACAGGCCAUGGUAUACAUAAAAAUAUCUUGUACACACUCCCUAGGACUACUUUGUUACUAAAUGUACGUUUGCGUUCAAAAGUAUCUAUUGUUUUUAUCAACUAUGCUGUUACAUUGUUUACAGACAAAAAACAUUUAAACCAUUAAGGUGGGGUGGGCACAGGGUAGAAGGGUGUCACAUGGAAACAACUAUAAGGGUGUUACAACUCGUCUCUCAGUGGUCCUUCCGUCUAAAGGAACAGCCUGGACUCGCUCAUAUCGCUCCUUCACAUAAUGGCCAGCGAGCAGGAGGGUGUUUUUGUUCUGCAGGAGAAAGGCUUCAGGAUGUUGCUGCUCAAAAGCAGUAGAAGUGGCUUCCUGCUGGGGGAAAUGAUCAAAAAAGCCAGACAAGCUCCUGUGUGAACCAGGCAGGACACACAAACACAUACUGUAGGCACAUGUAACGGAGUUAAACAUGCAGAGAACAGUUUCCAGACCUAUUCGAGGUGGGUCGGCAAGAGAUCUGUUGAAGGCAAUUUAAAAAGGCCCUGUACGUGAAAUAUAACAUGUUAGAUCUGAAGUUUGGAAAGUCAAAUGCAAGGGACAAUUCAGAACUAUAGAAACCAUGCUUCUGAACCUGACUAACGGGAGCUGCCAAAUCCCCUUGGAAAAUGAGAGAGUCGGUCUGACCUUCAUUUACAGCUUGGCUUUUUCUCUUGGACUUCCAGCCAACCUGCUUUCUCUCUGGGGACUCUAUCAGUUAGGCCGGUCAGGUGGAGGUGGCUGCCAACUGGUUUAUAUCCUGAACUUACUACUUUCAGAUCUUCUCCAGCUAAUUACAUUGCCACUAUGGAUCCUUUACCUGCAGGGAGACCACCAUUGGCCAUACGGGUCUGUUUCGUGCCAGCUAGUGGGCUACGUUUUUUAUGUUAACCUCUACGCCAGCAUCAUCUUUCUUUGCCUCAUUGCCCUGGACCGGUGUCUGGCAAUCGUGUACCCUCUAAGCAGCCGUGGUGUGCGCAAGGUGCGUGUGGCAGCGAUCUCCGGCGCAGUAGUGUGGACUUUGAUAUUUCUUUUCUGUCUGACCGGCCUCUAUCCAUCUGUGUUUGAACCUCAAAGACAACUAUGUCUGGAGCAGUAUCCUGUAAGCACUAGAUAUGCAUACUUCAAGAUUACCACAGUCGCUUUAGGGUUUCUGAUGCCCUGCACUAUACUAGGGUACACAUCAACCCGAAUCGGGUGGACUCUACGAAACUCUCCUUCAGUCUCUGAUCACGAACACCGCAGAAUUGUUGCGACACUGGUUGUGAUCACUGUCAUCUUCAUUGUGAUUUUUGGUCCCUAUCAUCUAGUGGGCGGCUACAGAUUUGUCAGCUUGCUUCUUACAGAAAGCGAGGAAGAACAGUGUUCAGUGGAACUCUCCAUUUAUCUUUACUAUCGAAUUUGCUACGGGCUCACCAGCCUCAACACCCUCCUAAACCCUCUUUUCUACAUCUUUCUUUGCAAUGAUGCUCGCCAAGAGCUUCGGAAAUCUCUCAUCUGCCCCUGUAGGGGUGACAGGGUUCACCAGGGAUCACAAGUCACGCCUUUUCCAAAAGGACGCAGAGCAAAUGUGUAGCCACCUUGUGCCGAUGCUAAUCAGUCUUUGCACGGCAUGUGCAGAAACCCGGGAGGUUUUCUCACACAUACGUGAAAAUGUCUUAUCAGGCGAAGCUUUGACAAAUUGCCUGUCGCCACUGUGAUGACAUCAGUGUCAGAGACAAGGCUGGUAUGAGACAUUAGCACGCUCUCUGGAUCACUGUCAGCAGAAAGUAUGAGCUCAACAGCAAAUUCGUCAGUUCGGACUGUCAGACUGCUAGAAAAGAUGUUAAUCGGAAGUGUACUGCUUAAAUGUUUUAAUAAGUCUCCUUUGAAUUCAUUAUACUUUUGUAUUUUUCUCUAACACUGUAACACAUUUCUAAUAAAACAACUUUAAGAUGUUUUAUUAGAAAAAUAGUUUAAAGAUGAUAAAAGCAAGAAUCAGUAAAGUAGUGAGACUGGUUAAGCGACAACAAAUCAGUAAUCAGAGUGAAGGUCAAUUUCUAACAACAUUAUCUCAGUGAUUCACAAAUCAAGGGUGACCCCCUAUGGAGGAUAUAUGGAAAAGCAGGUAAACACAAAUGGAUGUUGAAUUAAAGCAGUAUAAAUUUAUAUAUGAAUAUGAAUGUAAUAUAAAUAUGCAAUAUAUAGUAACUUCAUAUCUAAGAUCAGGUGCAUACUAGUUGUAUUAUUUGUAUGUAUGCUGUGCAUAGCAUCAAGGCCGUAGCCAGGAUUUUUCAAAUACCGAGGACAUUUUUUUAUUAUUUACAUUUUUUCCAUAUUACAGAAUAACAAUAAACAUGUCCAAACUACGACAUAGCACAAAU